CACCAGAGAUAAUACCAAGUCCAGUCACAACCUUCACGAAUUCACCAGAGAUAAUACCAAGUCCAGUCACAACCUUCACGAAUUCACCAGAGAUCUGUACAACUUGGAAUCUACAAUAAAACACUCCAGUUUGAAAGUCAUCAAGCAGUUGAACAUGGCUACAGAGCUGGCAGUCCUGCCCCAGCAGCUCGAUGAUCCUGCCCAGCUGAAGGGCUCUCACACCCCUCAGCCUCGGACCCGAGCCGCCAAGGACUCUCUGAAAAUCCUGGACCCUGCCAGCAAGAAGCUGAGCUGCCUGGAGGCGCAGCACAUCGCCUCGGUCCUGGAGGAGUGCAUCAGGAAGGCAGAGCUGAGCACCCUGCUGCCGUACUGCCUGCACAGCCUGAAUCGCUUCGGAGUGGUGCUGGGAGCCGAGCUGACAGGGGCCCUGCAGGAGCAUCGGCGGCUGGGAGACAAUCUGCAAACCCUGCUGGAGAGGCAGGAGCCCCGAUGGGGAGAGAUGAGAGCACUGCAGCAAGCCAUCCGCAGCUCACUCAGGAAUGUCCUGCGACUUUUCCAGGCCAACCCGGUGGCGUGCCAGACCCUGCGGGCAGAGAAGGGCAAGCGUGACCCGGCUGGGCAGGAGCUGGUGAGAGGCCUGACUGAGCUGCGGGGCAUCGUCUUUGACAAGCUGCUCACAGGGCCUGCAGAGGACCGCGAGAGGGCCCGCUAUGUCCAGGAGGUCGCCCUACAGCACCACAAGAACAUGGUGGUGGUCAGCGGUCUGGAGGCAGAUGUGGAGGCCACUAUUCUGGACAGGGACACAGAGAUCUCCAAAAAGAAUGAGAUGAUCCGUCAGCUGAAGAGCUCCCUUCACCAGACAGAGAAGCUCUCCGAUGACCUCCUCAAGAAGACACGGCAUGAGAUGGACAAGCAGCUCCAGUCUGACCAGAAGGCCUCGGAAGUGAAGUGCGGCAAACUGCAGCAGGAGACCACCCAGCUGCGGAGCCAGCUGAACAACCUGAUCACAGAGAACUGUGAGUCUGAGCUUGCACUCAGGAAGAGGAAGUACAAAGUGGAAACAGAGAUUGAAAACUGGAUACAGAAAUACGAUGCAGACAUGGGAGAGAAACAGGUGGAGCUGGAGCAGCUGCAUGCAGUAUACACUGAGGAGCAAGGGGAGCUGAAGGAACUGGAGGAGCAUUUCACAGUGCUGGAUCAGGAGUACAGUCAGAUCAUGGAGGAGCGGCGUCUGGCCUGGGAGAAGAAGGAGCAGGAGGAGCGCGAGCUUGUCCUCAUGAUCCGUGCCACCACGCGCAUCCAGGCUCUCUGGAAGGGGUACAAGGUGCGCAAGAUGAUGAAGAGCAAGAAGGGAAAGAAAGGGAAAGGGAAGAAGGGCAAAGGGAAGAAGGGCAAGAAAUAAACUGGCACUGGUAGAUUGAACAAAUGCAUGAUCAUUUUUAGUUUGCAUGUCUUUAAAAAUCUUUUCUUGCCUAUCUUUUCCUCCUUCUGUUUUCCAGACUGUAGUUUCGCUGUCACUCCAUUCUGCCCAUAACACUGUGCCUUUCAUAUGUACUUAUGAGAAUGAAACAUUGGAUAGGAAGUAUUAAGUUUUGCUUAAACCUUUUACUUUGUUCCUAAUUGUUGUUAAUAAAAGUGUGCGACAGUGCUAAAACUGCAGCUUUCCACUUCUGGAUUUCCUUGCUGCCAGUGAACAGCCUUGGCCGUGAUGCAAUCCUGCCACAGGUAGUGCUAGAGUGGGAUAGCGACCCAGAGCACAACUGCAGCAAGACUCCUCACCCUUUUAGUUCAAUGUUGGUACAGUUGUCUUUUGGCUGCCAUAGGUUUGGUGGAAAGAGAGGAGGGUCGUGGGAAUCACAAUGUCUUCAAUUCAGUUCUGGUGAAUUGAGGAUUUCUUAUUCUACUCUAAUUGAGUUUCACAAAGUAUUAAAGUUAGGCAUAACUAGAAACUAGGGGAUAUUUCCUGCUUCACAUAUGGAAUCGUUUCUCCAGCAGUGCACUGGGGUCCGUUUCUAGCUGGUAUUUUUUCGAAGUGACUUGCGUCAGUGAUGACUUCCCCCAUCUGUGCAAAAAGCAGUAAUGUAAUACUGAAAUGAAGCUCAAUGUAGAUUUUUACACUGUAAACAAGAAGUGCUUUGUGGCCAUCUCCUAAAAAACAUUCAGUAUCCAUUGUGAAACCACCCUAAAUCCUCUUUCAUUGUGCAUCAGGAAAAUCUAGCUUAAUACACUGCUAAGGGGUUAAAGAUGUACAAGUAAUAAAUGGGGUAGGUGGGUGUAUGGAAUGGAUUGCCAAGCCAUGUUGAUGCUGCUGAUUCAUUGGGAUCUUGGAUCAAUAAGCUUUAAGGAACUGACCGAGUGGCCUCCUCUUAUUUGUAACUUUCCUUAUAAUGAAUAAUGCUCUGGAAAACAGAAGACAUCAAUAGCACUUUCGAUCAUUUCUAAUUCCCGAGACAGGUAUAAAAAUAAAACCUUGAACCACAAAACUUCAAUAACUGCACUGCACAUUUUUUCCAUAUGUGAGGCCUCAGUAGAUUUAAAUACUGUAAAGCUAAAACAUUUC